CAGAUGCGCUUCCUCCCGCAAGGCCCAGGCGGGAAGUCAGAUCCCGGGGCUCCGGCUCGGCAGACCCUGCUUCUUACAGCCCAGCGGCCAUGGAGCAGCGCCCGCUACCGUCCCGCGGCUUUCCGGGGCCAGGACUUCCCGAGCUUCUGCCGCUUCUGCUGCUGGCGCUGGCGGCGCAGACCCCGCGCGCCUCGGUCGAGACUGGACCGGUGCUGUGGCCCCUGCCGCUCUCGGUGCAGAUGUCCUCGCGCCAGCUACACCUAGCCCCCGAGGACUUCUUCAUUGGUCACGGCUCCAAUUCCACGGCGGGCCCCUCCUGCUCCCUGCUGCAGGAGGCCUUUCGGCGAUAUUAUGGCUAUAUAUUUAUUAGUUCCUACAAGCAGCGUCAUGGGCCUACUAAAUUUCAAGCUACAGGACAGUUACAGCAACUUCUUGUCUCAAUUGUCCUUGAGUCAGAGUGUAAUGCCUUCCCCAGUGUGUCUUCAGAUGAGUCCUAUACUUUGCUUGUGGAAGAACCCGUGGCUGUCCUCAAGGCCAACAGAGUUUGGGGAGCAUUGCGAGGUUUAGAGACCUUUAGCCAGUUAGUUUAUGAAGAUUCUUUUGGGUCUUUCACCAUCAAUGAAUCCAAAGUUAUUGAUUCUCCAAGAUUUCCUCAUAGAGGAAUUUUAAUUGAUACAUCCCGACACUACCUGCCUGUUAAGACUAUUCUUAAAACUUUGGAUGCCAUGGCUUUUAAUAAGUUUAAUGUUCUCCACUGGCACAUAGUUGAUGACCAGUCUUUCCCUUAUCAGAGCAUCACUUUUCCUCAGUUAAGCAAUAAAGGAAGCUAUUCUUUGUCUCAUGUUUAUACACCAAAUGAUGUCCGUAUGGUGAUUGAAUAUGCCCGAUUACGAGGGAUUCGAAUCAUACCAGAAUUUGAUAGCCCUGGACAUACACAAUCUUGGGGAAAAGGUCAGAAAGACCUCCUGACUCCAUGUUACAGCUCACGGCAGUAUAUACAAAGUGUUGGGCCUAUAAACCCCAUUCUAAAUACUACUUAUGCAUUCUUGACUUCAUUUUUCAAAGAAAUUAGUAAAGUGUUUCCAGAUCAAUUCAUUCAUUUGGGAGGAGAUGAAGUGAAUUUUGAUUGUUGGGCAUCAAAUCCCCAAAUCCGAAAUUUCAUGAUGACAAAAGGCUUUGGUGAAGAUUAUAAAAAACUACAAUCUUUCUAUAUUCAAAAAGUCUUGAAUAUUACUGCAUCCCAAAACAAAAAAUCCAUCGUCUGGCAAGAAGUUUUUGAUGAUAAUACGGAGCUUUAUCUAGAUACAGUAAUUCAAGUGUGGAAAGACGCACAGUAUUCUAAGGAAUUAAGUAAAAUCACAGCAGCUGGCUUCCCUGUAAUCCUUUCUGCUCCUUGGUACUUGGAUGUGAUUAGUUACGGGCAAGACUGGAAAACAUACUAUUCAGUGGAACCUCUUCAUUUCUCAGGUUCUGACAAACAGAAAAAACUUAUCAUUGGUGGAGAAGCUUGUAUUUGGGGAGAAUAUGUGGAUGCAACUAACCUUAUUCCAAGAUUAUGGCCUCGGGCAAGUGCUGUUGGUGAGAGACUCUGGAGUCACGAAGAUGUCAGGGACAUUGGUGAUGCUUAUAAAAGACUAACAAGGCACCGCUGCAGAAUGGUCAGACGUGGAAUAGAUGCAGAACCUCUUUAUAUUGGAUAUUGUUAACCAUGAGAACAAACUGUAAACAUGAGCUAAGGGAAAAAGACCACAACAAUCGUGCUAUAAUCAACUGGAUUUUGAAAUCAUGUAAAUUAAGACCGAGGGGACUGUUUUUGAAAUAAAUUAUUUUUAUGAUUGAA